UAAUCAUACGAGUAUCGGACACGAUGUCGAACAAGAUUGCAAUCCUCCUGGCUCUUCUAGUUGCGGUAGUUGCCUGCGUUCAGGCGCAAGCAUCCCUACGACAUCGGUUCGUGCGACCACUGCCCCGUUUUCUGCCAAAGUCGCAGAAUGGCGUUGGCCAUCGCAUCGUAGGUGGAUUCGAGAUCGACGUGUCUGAGACUCCGUAUCAAGUGUCGCUACAAUACUUCAAUAGCCAUCGUUGUGGAGGUUCUGUGCUGAACAACAAAUGGGUUCUGACUGCUGCUCACUGCACUGUCGGAAUCUCCGCCAGCAGUCUCGCCGUGCGUUUGGGAUCUUCGAGACACGCAUCUGGUGGAACCGUUGUACGCGUGGCACGGACCUUGGAACAUCCGAACUACGACGACAACACUAUUGACUACGAUUACUCGCUGUUGGAACUGGAAAGCGAGCUUACCUUCAGUGAUUUGGUGCAGCCCGUUGCACUUCCCGAACAGGAUGAAGCAGUGGAAGAUGGAACCAUGACCACCGUCUCUGGCUGGGGAAACACUCAGAGUGCUGCUGAAUCGAACGCUGUUCUGCGUGCUGCCAAUGUGCCGACCGUGAACCAAGAACAUUGCGAGAACGCCUACAAACUGUCUGGAGGAAUCACCGAACGUAUGCUGUGCGCCGGAUACGAACAGGGUGGAAAGGACGCUUGCCAGGGAGACUCUGGUGGUCCGCUGGUCGCCGAUGGAAAGCUUGUUGGUGUCGUUUCGUGGGGAUUCGGUUGCGCCAUGGCUGGCUAUCCAGGAGUGUACUCGCGUGUGGCCGUCGUUCGUGACUGGGUUCGUGAGAACAGUGGAGUUUAAAAGCCCUCUCAACCGCUAAUAAGCCGACACUAAUUUAUGGACAUUGAAAAACACAAGAAAUAAAACAAAUUGUACUGCAUAUAAUCAAAGCGAA